CAACCGUGCUGUGCAACGCWUUCCGGACCCGAGGAGCAAUAGCGCAUCGCUAGGAACGGCAAUGUCGGAACUUACUUGCCCUAAUUGCGGAUCCAAGAAUAUCGAAUCGCAGGGUGCUGCCGGGAAUUGCGUCUGUACAGAAUGUGGUGUAAUCGUUGAAGAAAAUGCCAUUGUCAGCCACAUGGAAUUCGUUGAGGGAGCGGGUGGCUCGAGCUCCAUGUAAGUAUAAUAUCUGGGAUCCAUCGGGGUUCUCUGGCUGGCCGUAAUGCGGUUCCAUGUUUGCAUCCUUGUGUGGGUCGAUUGAAAUUCUAACGCUGCAGCACUUUCUCGUAUCGAUCCAUUCCAUCAUUCACACUCCUAAAAGGGUCGGUCAAUUCGUGAGUGCGACUUCUAGAAAGGCCUAUACCGGAGGAGGUCGCGGAGCGGGAAACUAUGGGUUUUCCCGUGAUAGCAGAGAGACCACUCUCGCAAACGGACGUCGGCGCAUCCAAGAAGUGGCCUCGCGGCUCCGCCUAGGAGGCCACUACGUCGAUGCYGCCCAUCGCUUGUUCACGAUCGCUGUGGAAAAGAACUUUGUGCAGGGUCGGCGCACCAUACACGUGGUUGCCGCUUGCUUGUACAUUUCCUGCAGGCAGGAAAAAUCACAGCACAUGCUGAUCGACUUCAGCGACGCCCUCCAGGUCAACGUCUACACGCUUGGAACAUGCUUUUUGAAAUUUCGGAGGUUGCUGGGUUUGAAACUGGCGAUUCUGGAUCCCGCUUUGUGUAAGUGAACUUGGUUUGUCUGCGCUUGGAUCUGUUUUGUGACGCAUAUGCAGCAGCAGGCGAUUAAUCCAAGCGUGAUGGCAUCGAUGCUGAAACUGCGGUCCCACUGCGUGAUCCGCGCAUUCUCAUUUCGCGCUUUUGGUAUUUUUUAGACAUCUAUCGGUUCGCAGCUCACUUGGACCUAGACGACAAGGCCAACGAAGUUGCCUUGACAGCGCUUCGCUUAGUGGGCAGAAUGAAACGAGAUUGGAUCGUGGCGGGACGUCGGCCCGCCGGAAUCUGUGCCGCCGCCUUGCUGAUCGCCUCCCGGGCCCAUGGCUUUAGCCGCCACUCRCAGGAUGUCACACGCAUACUCAGGGUCUGUGGCAUGACGGUGUCGACCCGCAUGAAAGAAUUCGAACAGACCCCAUCCGCUUCGUUGACAUUAGAACAGUUCAAUAAAGUAGAACUGGAGAACGAGGCAGACCCCCCCGCCUUUACAAAAAAUAGAAUAAUGGAAGCGAGGGCACGAGCCAUUCAAGACAAUAACAUCGAACUCUUAACAAGCGGGGCCCUAGACGAUCCAAUGAAAUCAAAGAGACAUAGCAGCAAAUGGCGAGAAACCGCAUCGUCGGAAAAGACCGAGGCCUUUGAGAAACUGUACAAAUCACUCGAAAAAGAGAUGAAAAACAAGAAAAAUGAGAAAUCCGAAGACGAUGACGGAAAUGAAUUUGAAGAAGGUGACGAAGACGACAAUGAAAAUGAUGACCGAAAGCCGAAGGGCAAAGAUAUGCAGGAUUGCGGUCAAGGAAAGGAAGACGGGAAAUCAGAGCAACCAGGCGAGGAYGACGAGCUGAAAUCGUCGACAAAAAGCUCCGAAACGGAGAAGAAAAAUCCGGAUGACAGUACGGCAAAGAAUGAAGAGAAUCAGAUUGUACCGAGCACCAACAUCGUCCAAUCAAAAUGGGAAAAGGCGUAUCCAAAAAAUAGCUAUGGCAAGAAAAUCAUAUUGCCAGAUCACGCCACACCAGAAGAGCGAUUGCCACCGACGCAACCAGUAGAAGGGACACUCGACAUCAGUGUUUGGAGAAAAGAUAUGCCUCAAAUAAUGAUUGAUGAYAUCGAAUCAAUGUUUCGAACUCCAACUGAAGUUGCGCAAAAAGAAGCUAUAUUCAACAAGAUCAACMAAGACUAUAUAAUCUUGGAAGCUCAGAAAGAGAAGAACCGUGCCGAAGCUGAGCAGGCAAUCGAUAAUGCGGACAAAGACUUGAUCGAACAAGCUCAGGGUAUGGAGCGAUAUCGCAAGCGAAAAGGACGAUCGAAAGAUGGGACAACCGAGGAGGCAUUGCUCGAAGUAGUCGCAAAUCGAAAAAUCAGCCGAAAAAUCAAUUAUGAUGCUAUGUCUUCCAUCUUUGAUGAUGGAAGUUUUUCUGGGGGAACAGCUUUGGAAGAUCCAUUUGCAUCAAAAGAAAAUCCGGGGGCCGAUUACGUUUAGACAGAAACUAASUASAAGUACAGUACUUGUUUCAUUUUAGGUUCGUAGAUGUUWCACUCU